CUCCUACUCAGCUGAUUUUGAAAUUGAUGAGAAAAAAGUGAUUUUGGGGUACAAUUCUUUGAUUAUCUAUUAUUCUUUGGUUAGUUGAGUAAGAAAAAUUUUUAUAAUGUCGCUCAUUCGAACUGCAGUGCGAAUUUUAGUCCUACCAAAAGGGAUUAAUAGAUCUCCAGUGUUAGAUCAAACACGCUCUUUUAAGCGUUGGUUGGCUCCGACAUUACGUGAACUUCGCAGACGACAAAAGAAACUGGGUUCAAUACCACCACAACCUCGAUCCGGUUUUGUUGAAUGGAACUACCGUGCUGAGUUGUUUGCGUUUGGUAAAAGACUUCAAGAAGAUUUCCAAUUGCCCAUGUUGCAGGCAGCAUUCACUCAGCAUUCAUAUGUAGAAAAAGAGCAAGUACGGCAAAGUGAACUUGGCAUUAAAGAAUCCGAUGCAAAAAUACAAGACAACCUUCAACUGGCAGAGCGUGGAGCUUAUUUAGCUAAUGAGUGUGUACGUGCUUACCUAAAACAUUCACUCCCACUUGUACCUGCGGAAGGGAUAAAUGCGUUUACGGACUAUUUGCUUAGUACCAAAAUGUUAUCCCACAUUGGUGCGCAUUUGGGGAUGACAGAAUUACUGCUUGAUGCAGAUUAUCCUCCAGCAGAAGAAUCUUUGGCGCGAUCUUUACUUGCUGUUAUCAGUGCAAUCGAGCAGUCCAACGGACAAGAACGCGCUUUUCUCUUUAUUCGCGAUAUUAUCUGCACUCAAAUGAAUCAACGCGAUUUACUUGAAAUAUGGCGCAUUGAAGAUCCCGAACAAAUGUUGAAGCAAAUUUGUGAGGAGCGAAAUUUGGGUGAUUUAGAACCGCGCCUAAUUGGAGACUGUGGCAAAAAUACAGUGCUAGCGGCAUAUCGUGUGGGACUAUAUGCAAAUAAGAAACUGAUUGGUUCUGGAUUUGGCGAAGAUGUGGCCACCGCAAUAAAAACUGCUUCUCUUGAUGCACUUCAGCAAUUAUUUGGUAUACAAGACAACAUGCGUCCACUAAGUUUUGAAGCUCAGUUGAAGCCAUCAAAUAUUAAAGCUAUACAAAAUUAAAUUGAAAAUGUUUGUUCCGUUGUGAGAAUAUUUUGUUAGAUAGAUACAUACAAUGUUAAAAUAAAAAGUAUCGGUAUUUAAGCAAACAGAA